AUGACGGGUGACAUGAAGGUCUCCCAGAUAAUCCUCACUUCCCUCGCAGUCGCUGUCAGCAGCACAGCCGCCAUCAAAUUCAGCACCGGCGAGCAAAUAACCUGGGACGAGAACUACGCCGUCGCCUGGAAAGAAGACAAAGAUCCGUGUCGUAAUGACCACCUGCUUGCCCCCGUCUACCAGAACCGAUGCAAGCGCAACUUUUUCAUUGAUAGCGUGCCUUUGGGAACUGAUGGUGUUCCUAACGGAAUUGUAAGUGGUUCUCGUGUUUACGAAGAUAGUUCUAAUAGAACAGAACCUGACGAUUUGCCAGAUGAGGACGUGGCAUAG